CUAGAUACCAAGCUACAUAUCCAAGAUACUUGUGGCAUCCACAACCUUCAUGGAAUGCCAGGUUUAAUUGGAGGCAUCGUGGGAGCUGUCACUGCUGCCGCUGCUACAGAAACAGUCUAUGGAAAGAAAGGGCUCAUCAACAUGUUUGACUUCGCCGGAGAAUACCGAGAUCGAACGCCUAGUAUCCAAGGGGGAUUCCAAGCAGCUGGCAUUGCAGUAUCACUAGCUAUGGCUUUUGUAGGAGGAUCUAUUGUAGGUGGCAUUUUGAAACUGCCCUUUUUUGGUGACCCUACAGAUGAAAACUGCUUUGAAGAUAAUGUCUACUGGGAAGUCCCUGGCGAGGAAGAGAGCAACCUUUACUGCAUGCAUGACUCCAAUGCUAAGCCUGUGAUUAACCCUUAACCCGGGACAUCAACAGACAAAGGGGUGAUCAACCUCUGCCUUUGGAAUUCCCCCCCCCCCCACCUUUUUUUUACAGCAGAAUUAAGGAAAUGGAAGAAGGCAAAAAUAUUAUCAUUCAAAUGAAGAGAUUAUUUUUAAACAUGAACUCACACACACAAAAAUAUGCAAACAAAUUAUAAUGAAGUUGAGAAGGGUGAAUCCUCAGAUUCAGAAGCAUCUUGCUAAAACCAAAACAAGUUAUGAAACAACAAUGACA